AGUAUCUAUAUAUGUGUAUAUGUAUAUGUAGGCCUCUUUUUUGCUGUUUUUCUCCACAUCCUAUUGGAAAAGUUUUCACCUUAACGGGCCACGAAACUCCUUAAUUGUGUUCUUCGUAAUGUUUCUCUCGUAUCUAUUUAUUGUUGAUUUUCUUUUUGUCAGCGGUGGAAUCGAUGAGUGGGGCCUCCUCCGUUGGGUGCAGCGCGUGCGCCGUUUCUGCGAGGGGACCGCCAUUCAGCCCUUUUUGUUUCUUUCUUCACCAUUCGUGAAGCUCUCGCUCCUCCUCCUCCUCCUCCUCCUCUGAAGAAGAAGAAAAAUACUCUUCGUUUCUGCGUCUAUCUAUCUAUCUAUCUCUUUUCUUGUUUUAAAUGUAGGCAUCUUCCAUGUAAUUUACUUCAUCACCAAAAUAAUAACAAUAGAAAAAAGGAAGAUGAUGAGGAAGAAAAGAAGCAGAGGAGAGAAGGGCAGCGCUGCGGUGAGUCAGACCUGUCCCUUUCCGUUUGUCGUUGUUGUAGCGUCCGCGGUGGACAGAUCAACGCCUCUUCAACACGCCCUGGUCUCGCGCCUUGAUACGGCGGUGCACACGAAUCCGAACGCAUCCAUUUUUUCUUCUUCUUUUCAGAGAAGCAAACGGAUGCUGCGGUGCUCUCAUGUUCUCAUGUCUCUUUCUCUUCUGCUUCCCAGCCACGACGCCCGAUGGCCUGGACGCACGCCUCCUCUCCUUCCACCGCUCUCAGACCACCUCCUUCUCUGCCUCAUCUGUUUCUGUGGUGGUGCUGCGUCCAGUGAAGUCCACGCCUCGCUGUGAAGGAGGAAAAAGACGAGACAAAAAACUCGCGGAGCGCUUUUCAUUUUGUGUGUUCUCUUCUGACUUUUGUCGAACGCCGGUACUUGUAACAUUUCCGCCUUGACGCAUCGCAUCCUCGCCGGUGUCGUCGUGCUAAUAAAUACAUAUAUAUAUAUAUAUAUAUUAGAUAAAACAAGUGGAGAGAGGAGGAUGGAGUACGAGCAGACCGAAUGCGGCCGGCGGAUCGUGGUGGACGCCAUCACCCGCCAAGACGUCAACGCCUACCACGAUCUGCUCUCUCCCGAUGUGCUCCUCGUCACGCACUUCCCCUACCCAACGAGUCUCUCGGACAGCAACAUGCAGGCGGUGCAGCAGUGGGUGCAGCUCUCGCAGCAGCGACCGACGAAAUCCGCUACUGCGGGAGCAGCGGCAACGGCCAGCAACAGCGGCUCAAAGCGUAGGGCAAGGGAGUUGCUGCAGCAGCAGGAGAAGUACCGCGAGCGCCGGCAGAAGCGGUACGAGGCCUUUCGCAAGCGACGGGAGGGACACCACAGCCCAAGCACGGAGGGCACAGAGGCGGAGGGAGAGGAGGCAGCUGCAGCGACAGAUAAUGCUACCCAGGCAGAUGGUGCGCGCGGCGGUGCGGCCAAGAGCACUUCCGCGGUCGGCGCUGGGGCGGCUGCACACCAACGCGACGUGUCAGCUAAAAACAACACAUCCAAGAAGUCCUCUGCAAGUGCCCACAGCGGUGGUGGUGGCAGUAACGCAGCGCGGGUGCCGCUUGGCGUUCGCUGGUUUCGGCAGCAGCAGGAGCAGCUUUCUUCGCCCGCGCAGGGAAGGACCGCAGGCUCCGCGCCUGCUCAGGCCCCCACCGCCUCGGCGACCCAAAACGUCACUUCCGAGAACCCCGCCGCUCUUUCUUAUGCGGAUGCGGUGGAUAUUGCCGAGGGGCGCCUGCUCGUGUCGUUCCGGCUCUUCGAACUGCUCCACUGGAUCCGCAGCAGCAAAGACACGACGAGCAUCGCCCCCAUCGAGGUCGACGUGCAGCUUCGCAAAGACAUUCUCCAAGAGGACGAGGUGCUACCCAUGCCCCCGGCACCGACCACGGUGCAGGAGAAGUACGAGCAGCUGGGCAUGCAGUACACGGAGCGCAACCAGCCGCUGAGCUGCAUUACGGUGGUCUGGGGGCGCGACUACCUUCUGCUGCGCGACAAAAUCUACCUCGACGACGGCCUCAUUGUGACGAUCCAGCGGACGAUGCUGUCGGUGCCGGAGGUGAUGACGCGGACGGCGCCGCUGGCUGCGUGGAACCUGCACCAGCCGCGGCAGCAACGGCUGGCAGAUCGCAAGACCGCCGCGGGAGGAGGGUCCUCCGCCCCUGCCCCCGGCAAAGUGCAAAACCUGGCCGCCGCCCAAGCCGAGCAGGUGUACAAGGCGGUGGAGUCGUUUUACGGGGUGGCGGCCUCGCGGGUGAACGCCCUCAACACGUCCUGGCCGCUGCUGGACUACUCCUUUCUGGACGCCGCGGAGCCGUCGGCGCUGCUGCGGCUGGCCCCGGCAUCCGGCCACGUCCACGUAGGCAAGCAGCCCCGCGCCGCUGCGGACCCACGACUUGCCCAGGGCGUCUUCCUCAACCAAAGCAACGACCCUUCGCCGACGACGGCGCAGUCCGCCAACGCCCGCACGAUCAUUCGCGCGAAGAACAAGCGCGGCGAGGAGGAGGCCUACGAGUUCAGCAACGAGCGGAAUCACUUCGCGAUGCUGCAGGAGGAUGCGCGGCUCAAGGAGGAGGAGGCGGAUGAGUGGGGACUGCACACCGGCACUGCAGCGGGGCCGGCCGCCGCCGCUGCGGGGGGUGGAAGGCGAAACGCCGGCGAGGGCGGCGGGGCGGUGCGCGGUCAGCGCUAUGACGCCUCGUGCGUCCGCGUCUCGGGCUGCCAUCUGCGGUCCAAAAUGGACCAGCUCGUCCCGGUCCUGCACCGCCUCAUCGCGAACAGCAUCCUCACCCUUCACACCCUCGAUUUAAGCCAGAACAGCAUUUCCACGCUGCCCGACUUGCGUGCGCUGCCGCUGCAGAGUUUACGGCUUCACGACAACGCCAUCGCGGACUGGCGGGUCGUGGAGAGCCAAAUCGCACCGCUGCCGUACCUGACAAUCCUCACCCUGCACGGCAACCCGAUCGCGGAGGAAAAGGAGAUCACGGCAUCGACCGGCACGGCAGCAGGAAAGCACUCGCGGAGCCGCGCAGGCGCAAAUGGGGCAGCGAACACCUCUGGUGAGUCGGCGUACUGGAAGAGGCUGCUAGCGCUGCUGCUGGGCAAUCCCGCACGCGUGGCCCCGCUGCGGCAGGUUGAUUUCGUGACUCUGACGGCUCAAGACUUCAACGUGGCCGGCGCGCACGCGCUGUUUACGACGGGGAAGUCAGAUGUGCUGGACCAGGCCCGCACCAUGAACGCGGGUACGUUACGGCAGAGUCAGGGUGCGAAGGCAGCGACGACGAAGGUGGGAGGGGGGGCUGUGUAG